UAGUUUCAGUAUAUUUUGGACUACGAGACGCGUGUUCAUCCCGCGUUGAGAAGUUUUUUUAUGUCAUCUAAUCAGUAGAUUUUAUCAUCGAUAAGGUAUAUACCCGAGCAUACCAGCGGAGAAAAUUACAUACGGCAAUCGGAUUCUAUUCUUCUCUCACCAGAUGUCACCAGCAUCAAUCAUCGGCAUUGUGUAUGUAUGUGUGUAUGACAAUUUUGUGAUCGCAAUUUGCUCUUUUGGCCCUUCGUGUUGUGUCCUCUUAUCCUAAAAUUAUCAAGGAUACGAAAAUCUGUCAGAAAUAUGAUUAAUCGCGUUCGGCCGCGCCUCGUGACUUUCGAUGUGACCGGCACACUCUUGAUGACCAAGCUCGAAGAACAUUAUGUCGAAAUUGGCUCUCAGCACGGUUUGUUGAUCGAACCGAGAAAAUUGGCGCGAAGUUUUAAGAAUAAUUUAGCGCAACUUAGUCGAGAGCAUCCGAUAUAUGGCAAACAUACCGGAUUGGGAUGGAAAAAUUGGUGGAGAACGAUUGUGCAUAAUGUAUUCAGGGAUCAAUACGUUUCUGUAUCGAAAGAUACAUUAGAUAAGGUCGCUGACAGCUUGAUAAGUUGCUAUGGCACCAGCAAGUGUUGGUACAAGUAUCCUGGCACCAUUGAUCUACUCAAAUUUCUGAAGGAAAGAGAUGUUAUUUUGGGUGUUAUUUCAAAUUUUGAUGAACGAUUGGAAUCGAUUCUCAAAGACACCCAAAUUCGUCAGUAUUUUACUUUUGUUUUGACUUCAUACGACUUUGGAAUGGAAAAGCCAAACUUACCAAUUUUUGAGGAAGCAUUAAGAUUAGUGAAGUACAUUCAAAGGCAAGAAAUAUUGCCUCAAGAAGCAAUACAUAUUGGUGAUGGAGUAGAUAACGAUUAUUUUGGGGCAAAAAAUGCAGGUUGGAAUGCUUUAUUGAUUAAACAUCAUGAUAAUGAAAUUGAUGAGAGCAAAUUGUCUAAAGAUGAUGUUUUUACAAGUUUAAAAGAGCUUCAAAGACACUUUAAAAAAACUCUUGGAACAAAUUAUGUUGUGUGAUAAUAUUAUUUACUAUUCUAAAAAUAUUAGAUUUUUGUAAUAAUGUAAAAUGAUUAUAUUUUAUAGCAUUGUAUAAUAAUGAUAGUGAGAAAAUCACAGAGUGAUAAAACUUGAAUAUGCAGAUUUGAUUUUGUUUUUUGAUUUUGAAUAUUUUAAUCUUAAUUUUUUGUUUCAAUCUUUGUAUUUGGAUAUUCAAAUUUGUUUUUGUUUUUGCCAUACUGUACAUGUACCUUUGUAUUUUUGAUGUAUUACACAAAUUGAUACUGCUCAUUGCAGACUUACUAAGAAAAUUAUAAAGAGCCGAUAUGAUUCUAAUAAACAAUACAAAUAAUUCAAAAUUAAGAAAA